AUGGCUUCCAGAAUAUCAACCCUUUCCAUGGAACAAGAAAUUCACCGAUUUGUGACCCGCGAGCAGAUUGAAUUACUACACUCCCAUUUUCAAACCCACAACGAUCGGCUGACACUAUCAGAGCUGCGCGAUGUUCUUUCCCACAUCGGUCUACGGUAUACGGAUGAUCAGUUCCGAGGGUUGUGCCUGCAGAUCAACACCGAUCACGAUGCGUACUGUCAAUGGGACGAAUUUCUUAACUAUCUGAUACUGGGAUUCCAGGACGACGAUCCGCUGGCGGUGAAACAAUCACUCGAUCCUCCCAUUGCGGACGAGCUCGGACUGAAGCUAAGCCGGCAGGUUUACACCAUCGUGAAGGUGGAUUUUUGUCCGAUGGUUUACUACGACGGAAGCAUCAGCUGGACCCAGGGACACUGGAUAACAACUUCGCGCGAAGGAGUAAUACACUUCUGGACGAACGAUUGGAAGCCUUCCAUGGCGGGUCGAUCUGUUCCGUCCAGCUUAAAAAGAUCGAAAACCUGGAUCCUGGACACGGUUCCGCUGCCGGACCAGAGCAUGCUAUGUGUAGCAAGUUUGGAGUGUGAACUCCGAUUCUAUGCAAUUGUAGCCGCCUCCUUUACGCUCAAGUUGGUUAUCGAUAAAUUGCCGCACCCGGUAACGUGCAUGGUGUAUCAGUUUUUAGAAAACGAGCGAAGUGCCUUGCUUUUUGGUGACUAUGAAGGCAACAUACGAGCGUUUUAUUUUUAUCCUGAACGGAAGGUAACAUCAACGAGCAUCUCCUUCACGACUGUGGUCAGAGUUAGCCUAACGGAUGUACUCCGCGGGAAAUAUCGUCCACUGGAAUGUGUUGACUUCGGUCCACUACUCCCGGACAUCGUACGAUCGGUUCAGUUCGUCGGCAGUUUGAACAGCUUCAUAGCGGUCUCGGAAAACAAUCCUCUCAAAAACUCCCGCGUAGACCAAGUUCAAUCGAAGCGGAAGGGUAAUAUGAUCAUUCAGUCGCUAGAAACUCCUUCCGAACAGAGGAUGUUUUUUGUCCCCCAAGGAGUAACCUGCUUUGCCUACGAACCAACUACAGAGCUAUUAGUAUCCGGUGGGCCGGACUGUGAUUUGCGGCUCUGGGAUAUACACCGGCCCGAGAAACCUACUGUAGCGCUUGUUGGUCACACGGCGAGCAUCACGUUCCUCUUCGUACAAGAUGCCGGGGAGAAGAUCUACAGCAUGGAUCAGAAAAAGAUUAUCAAAGUUUGGGACGUCCGGAACAGGUUACUGCUGCAAACGUUUAGCCAAUUUUCCACGGUACUAGCCAAAGGUCUUCCGGCGUGUGGGUACUACAAUCAGCGCGAUCGGGAGCUGGUGGUCGCCAGCAACAAACUGUUUGUGGUGGCUUGCUGCCCAGCGAUCGCACUCGAUCGUACCGAUGGGGAUAGCCAUACGAAGCCGGUAUCGGUGCUGCUGUACAACAGCCUGUACAAAUUGAUCGUCAGCUGUGCGUUCGAUAGCUUCAUCAUCGUGUGGGACCAUAAAAUGAAUCGAAAAAUGACCAUCAUCAGCGAAGCGCACACGCAGCCGAAGAACGGGGUGCAGCUACCGGUGGAAAUCACGGCCGCUUGUUUCGAUGAGAAGCAACAACUGCUGCUAACCGGCGCGCGUGAUGGAUCGCUAAAAAUCUGGAACAUAAGUGCACGAACGUGCGUACGCUCGUUUCACAUGGAGGAGGACAGCGAGGUGACGGCGGUCUUUUGGCAGGGAAACCGUAUCCUUGCGAUGGGCUGGAACCAUCGUGUGGUCGAGUUUGCGGCGUUUAGCGAAAAGGACGACUACCCGAGGGGUCUGCAGUGGCGAAAGCUACACUCGGACGACAUUCUCUGCGCGGCGGUGAGCGGAAGUUUACCGGGAGUCAUGGCCACCUGCAGCUACACGGGAGAGCUGGUACUGUGGAUGCUGGAAACGGGUCAACCGUAUAGGCGCUACGAUGCCACUAAUCCUCGUUCACGAAUACCGAUUCAGCUCCACCCGGGCGAGUCCGGGGCGCAAAAGGCACGAAAAAUUGCACCGCGAAGGUCCAUCUUUCAGCUGUCAGCCGAUCGAUUCCUGCAGCGUCGCCUUUCGAGGAUUGUGAUGCCAUCGGGGUUGGAGCAAAUGCGACUGCUCUCCAUACAGGCACUCCUGUUCCUAUCCACCCGACCGAUGUUGCCGUCCUUCGGAACGCUCCUUGGGUCGCUUGAUAACGGAAUCGUACAGGUGUGGUCGCAUCACCCGGAGGGAGGAUUUGUUGGGCAGUUUAAUGCGGUUCAUAUGGCGGGCGAUCGUGUCCUAGCCAUGACGAGUGACGCUGCGAAUCGUUUUCUCUUCACCGGCACCGCUUUGGGCUACAUCAAAACUUGGUACAUUGAGAAUUGCUGGUCGGGCGAAACGGGUCACCGAAGUUGCAUUACGGGCCUGGUUUACCUGGACGGUAGCGAGCUGCUGCUCAGCGCUAGCAGCGAUCGAACCAUUCGUUUGUGGACACUCGGAGGGCGCUACAUCGGGCUGCUGGGAAGUCCCGUGCACUGGGAGCCAUUGUCGGCUAGCCUUCCACCAUCCGGCGGGUACCGAUUCCGUGUACCGCCGGAUCUUCAGCGUGAAGUAAGCUUCACCACGCUGAAGGUUUUACACGGCGGAAACGAUGAUCACGGUCAACGUCUGAAGACGACGAUCACUCGUGGCGUUGCUAAGGAACAUUCAAACCGCACUCGGCCUAUGCAAACGUACGGUGAAUCUCUGGGGGAACCAAUUCUGAACACCGGUGUCCUAAAGCUACCCUCCAAGGAACCAAUUCUGCGGGACAUCAAGCUCGAACGAUUUUUCCCUCGAGUUCCUGUGUACGGUCACAUGGUAGACUUCCCGGUAAAACCAUUAGUGUACGAUCGAACGGUUGAAAGCAUCCUGGAGAGAACUAAACCGACAAAAUUCAUGGAUCCUCCAAAUGCGACCGAUCGGGGAGAAUAG